AGCGAGACAAAAGAGGCUGCGGCUGCAUUCAAUGUGCUGGUGGUGUGUCCGUCUCCGAAGCCACAAGCAAACCACAUAUCCCCCUCCUCUCCCGGCCUGUGCGCCCUACAGACGGCGAAAAUACACCGACGAGGGAAGCAAUUCGCGAUUUUGCUGGUUGCUGGGAGCGUGAAGUUGAGGACUUGGAAGAAGGGAGUCCCUGCGCCGGGUGUUUCUCCUCUCCUCUCGCCGUCCGUACUGCGCGUCGAGCGCGGUGCAGUGUGGGGCUGGAGAUAUAACCCAGAACAAAGGAGUCUUGAAGCAAGGAAUGAGCGAGUCGAGACUAGCGUUGCCUUUACCUUUGAAACACGGCCAAAUGCCUAUGUGAAACCGACAAUAGUACAUCGGCUGCUCGUAUUUCUCGACGAAGCUUUCCGCCCAAAACGGGAGAAAGAACAAGGACAAAAAACGCACUGAGACCCACACAAGUCGGCGGCUACGAUGUUUCCUCAGAACCGACCACCGGCACCUCUUCAGCCACCCCCUGGAUCCUCGGCCUCAGUGGUGGCAGCGGCGGCAGCAGCGGCAGCGGCAGCUUCGGGAACACCCCAAUCACUGAAACUAACCUACCCAGAAACUUUGGACCGCAUCAAGGAAGAGUUUCAGUUCCUCCAGACCCAGUACCAUAGCUUAAAACUGGAGUGUGAGAAACUGGCCACAGAGAAGACUGAGAUCCAGAGACACUACGUUAUGUAUUAUGAGAUGUCCUAUGGUCUUAAUAUUGAAAUGCACAAACAGACGGAGAUUGCCAAGCGGCUGAACGUGAUCUGUGCUCAGCUCAUCCCCUUCCUGUCACAGGAGCAUCAACAACAGGUGGUCCAGGCCAUGGAACGCGCCAAACAGGUGACCAUGGGGGAGCUAAAUGCUUCGAUAGGGGUACGUGGGCUCCCCCCUCUGCCUCAUAGCCAGCAGCUCCAGGCGCAGCACCUCUCCCAGCAUGCCCAGGGUUUGCCAGUGGGCCCACACCCAUCAGGACUGCCUCACCCUGGCCUGGCGCUUGGUGGAGGAUCUGGCCUCCUGGCUCUGUCUGGAGCUUUAGGGGCCCAGCUGGCCGCCAAGGAUGAGAGAGCACACCUCGAGGCAGCAGCUGCCGCCGCCGCUGCAGAGCACCACAGAGACCGUGAAGCAGGACCAAGUUCCCUGUCCAACGGGGAUAAGGGUCGCCCCACAGACUACCUCAGCAAUGGCAAGAAGAGGAAAGCUGAUGAGAAGGAGUUCAUGACAGACUAUGGCAGCGAUGCGGAUAAGAGUGAUGAUAAUUUGGUGGUGGAUGAGGAUCCGUCGUCCCCCCGCAGCGUGCAGUCCUACUCAUCCAGGGAAAACGGUUUGGACAAGAUGCCCCCGUCCCGUAAAGAAGGCCCCCCUCAUGCCAGUCCCACCUCCUUGGCCUCCUCCAGCAGUGCCACCUCCCCGUCUCGUGGAAAAGAGCCCCCACAGAGAGAAAAGUCAAGCACUCCAGGAAUGAAGCCAGGAACCCCCAUGUCUCAGGAGUCAAACACCCCAGGGCCAAGUGGGCCCCCACAGUUCAGACCUGUACCGGGCAAACCUGGCGUUGACCCCCUUGCUCUUGGUCUGAGAAACCCCUUAGCAAUGCAGGGAGCGUACCCCCCAGGGGCUUUUGGCCUUCCCCCUCCGGGGGUGAACGGAGACCUGCCCGGGGCGGCGAGCUAUGGCGCUGGUCUCCACUUGGUCUCCCCACAGAUGAAUGGAGCUGCAGCGGCGGCGGCUGCAGCUGCCGCAGGCUACGGACGAUCCCCUGUGGUGGGCUAUGAGUCUCCACACCCACAUAUGAGGGUCCCUGGGCUUCCUGCCAGCCUGCAGUCUGCUGCCUCGGGGAAACCCGCCUACUCGUUCCACGUGAGCGCAGACGGCCAGAUGCAGCCGGUCCCCUUUCCCCCCGAUGCGCUGCUGGGCCCGGGAAUCCCUCGGCACGCGCGUCAGAUCCACACCCUGAACCACGGAGAGGUGGUGUGUGCUGUCACCAUCAGCACCUCCACACGUCACGUCUACACUGGAGGAAAGGGCUGUGUCAAGGUGUGGGACAUCAGCCAACCAGGAAGCAAGAGCCCCAUGGCCCAGCUGGACUGUCUGAACAGGGAUAACUACAUCCGCUCCUGCAAGCUGCUCUCCGACGGGCGGACGUUGAUUGUCGGUGGCGAGGCCAGCACGCUGUCGAUCUGGGAUUUGGCCACGCCCACCCCUCGCAUCAAGGCGGAGCUCACGUCGUCCGCCCCGGCCUGCUACGCUCUGGCCAUUUCCCCUGACAACAAAGUCUGCUUCUCCUGCUGCAGCGACGGCAACAUUGUAGUCUGGGACCUUCACAACCAGACGCUGGUCAGGCAGUUCCAGGGCCACACAGAUGGAGCAAGCUGCAUCGACAUCUCCAACGACGGCACCAAGCUGUGGACAGGCGGUCUGGACAACACUGUCCGCUGCUGGGACCUCAGAGAGGGACGCCAGCUCCAGCAACAUGACUUCACCUCACAGAUCUUCUCUCUGGGUUACUGUCCGACGGGCGAGUGGCUGGCUGUGGGAAUGGAGAGCAGUAACGUUGAAGUCCUGCACGUCUCCAAACCUGACAAGUAUCAGCUGCACCUCCAUGAGAGCUGCGUUCUCUCCCUCAAGUUUGCCUACUGUGGUAAAUGGUUCGUGAGCACAGGGAAAGAUAACCUCCUGAAUGCAUGGCGGACACCUUACGGAUCCAGCAUAUUCCAGUCGAAGGAGUCGUCAUCGGUUCUCAGCUGUGAUAUCUCUCCUGAUGACCAGUUCAUCGUCACUGGCUCCGGGGACAAGAAAGCUACAGUCUACGAAGUCAUCUACUGAACUCUGAUUGGCCUAAAAGAAGAAAACUAAUAACCAGGGGGCGGAGCCAAGGCUCCCUCCUGCACCAAUGACUGUACAGAGCGUCGGUGGCAUGGAAAACAAGAGACACUUGACUUGUACUUUGUUGUUUUGUUUACGUUUGUGAAAGAAAUUAAAGAGAAAGAGAAGCAAGGAGGCUCAAAGUCACAUCUCUGGAUUAAAAAAUAAACUGAACUUUGAUUUUAAUGCUCUGAGAACGCUGGUUAGUCUAUAGAUGCGCAAUUGUGAGACUCCUCCAAAGAACUUUUGUUUUUGUUCUUUAUUUUUUUUUUUUUCCUUUUUUUAAAACAAAAUAAAACCUCUGUAGUGAACAAGAAAUUAGUGGAAAAGCAUAUUUUUUUAGCCUUUGACUUUUAUGAAAACAGUCGGACCACAUUGAGUGGGAGAGGAAAAAAA